CGAAGGGGGGCGUUUUGCUAGCAGGUUGCUAGGUGUUAGCCAGUUUUGCUAACGCCUAGCCGAGCCGAAGUUGUACUUUCACUUUCUGACAACCAGAAGCGGCUUCAGAGGCGCGACGCUUCCCGGGAAACGAAACUACACUCAGCCGCCGCGUCUCCGGCUCUCUCCUGGAAGUCAUACAUGAACUUUUUCCGCCUCGGCGGCGAUAUUGGGAGUCGUAGCCGUGCGGCGUGUGAAAGUUUGUCAGCGAACCAGCGCGCAGGUUAACGCAGUUUCAGCAGCUAACUUCAGCGGCUAGGUUAGCAUGGAGGGCUGCGGACACACGGGCACCGACGAGAGGGGAGCGGAGAAAGCCAUGGACGACUACCUGAGAUCGAUAGGUCUGCAUCGGAAGAAGAUUGCCAAGGACGGGUCGUGUUUGUUCAGAGCUGUCGCGGAGCAGGUGCUCCACUGUCAGAGCCUUCACACCACAGUUCGAGCCAAGUGUGUGGAGUUUCUGAAGCAGAACAGAUCAAGCUACGAGGCGUUUAUUGAAGGCGACUUUGAGGAUUAUCUGUCAAAACUUCAGGAUCCUCAGCAAUGGGUGGGUGAAGUGGAGAUCAGUGCACUGGCUGCCAUGUACAAGCGGGACUUCCUGAUCUUCCAGGAACCUGGAAAACCUCCGGUCAACAUCACAGAUAAGAACUUCAAGGACAAAGUGCAGUUGUGUUUCCUGAACGGGAAUCACUACGACAGCGUCUAUCCCAUUAGACACAUGAAGACCUCGGCCGUCUGCCAGUCGCUCCUGUACGAGCUGCUGUACGAGGGCGUGUUCUGCGUGGAGCGCGGCGCCCUGGGCAUGUGUCAGCGGACCGGACGACCUUCUGACCUCCUGAGUGACGACAGCAUGACCGUGUGUCAGAGCAGCGACGAGUCGGACGUGGAAGCGGACGAGCCGCUGUGGGUGGAAAGCGAAACUUCUACAAGACACAGCUACAGGGGCCGCGGGCGUGGCCGGCAGCUGCCUGAGAGAGUGAGACGUUCACUGAACCCAACUCUGUUCAGGAACAUAGACUACGACUUCUGGCACAAGACAAAGAGAGCCCAACAAAAGAUGGACUACUGCAUCGCGGCGGGGAUGCAGUACACUGUUGGCGACCGCUGCAAGGUACGUCUUGAGAGCAGUGGGCGGAGCUACAAUGCCACUGUUAAGGAAGUGCCUGCCAACAGCGACAUGGUGGUCGUUCACAUAGAAGAACUGGGAAAGAAACAUGUCCCUCUGUGGCGUCUGCGUCCUCCCAGUGAGGAAAGCAGUUGGAGCACCGUGGUCAAAGACAAGAGACUCAGCAACGGACAUGGAGGUCGCGGGAAACUUGCGUCUCAGUCCUCCUCGGGCUCUCAAGCGGCGGCGCCGGGCUUUAAUGGGCGUGUCCAGAAGCAGCACUCGUGGUCCCCACAGGUCAACGCGGAGGAGAAGGGCGGAGCCAAACCCGUCAGGAAGUCCAUUAGCCUGGUGGAGGGUGUGAAGGAGGCGGAGCUUAUGUCCAAAGACAUAGAGGAGGAGGAGAUCCAGCUCAGAGACGAGCAAGAGUUCCCCGCCCUCAGAGUGGACGGAGGGAAGAAGGGAGGAGAGAAGAGGAGGUCACAGGGGAACAAGACGAGGAGUCCAGACGAGGACACCGGAGCACUGUCUCCCUCUGCUGGACAAAGACCCAAAUCCUGCACUCCACCUCUGGCGACCACUGCUGCUGCACCUCCUUCAUACACCACCUCUCCAACUCCACCCUCUAGCCCCGCCCUUCCGCCCACCUGUGCUGCCCCGACCACAAAACCAAACGCACCUUCUCCUACAGCUGCUGCCGUCGCCCCGCACUCUAAACCCUCUGUGAUGGGUGGAGCUCCGACUCUCGCAGUUCCCUGCUCCGCCUCCGUUUUUGCCUUCCUCACCCCUGUCCUCCCCACUACCUCGUCACCCCCGUCUUUACCUGCCUUCUCCUCCUCUUCUCCCACCUCGUCGUCCUCCUCCUCCUCGCUUCCUCUUAAAUCCUCCGCCCCUCCUCUUCCGUCUCACACCUUCAUCGCCCCCAUCGCUCCUUCUCCUGUCACAGCUCAGGGUUUCCUCCCGUCCUCCUCCCUCCACCGUGCCUCUCUCCCUCACUCCCCCAGUCCACCCUCCGACUCCCCUUCAUCUCUUCCUCAUCAUGUGGCUCAAACUCAAGAAGCUCCUGCUCGGAGUCUCGUGUCAAACUCUGCAGCUUCUCUGUCCCAAAACCAGAGCCAAGUCUCUGAGUCCCAGAUUCAGACCCAGACUCGGAGUUUGACGUCUCUGCCGCUGACUCACAACGUGCUGCAGGAGACGCACACACAUGUCCAGUCCUCGGUUCCUCACCUCCAGAACCAGUCCCAGACCCCCUUCCCUCAGCCCCAGAACCAGACCUCCUUCUCUCAGCCACAGUCUCAGACCCACUUCUCUCAGUACCAGGCCUCUCUUCCUCAGACCCAGACUUCUCUUCCCCAAACCCAGACCUUGUUCCCUCAGACCACAACCUCUGUUUCUCACCUCCAGCCUCAGUCUCAGACCCACUUCUCUCAGUACCAGGCCUCUUCUCCUCAGACUUCCCUCCCUCAGACCCAGACUUCUCUUCCCCAAACCCAGACCUCGUUCCCUCAGACCACGACCUCUGUUUCUUACCUCCAGCCUCUGUCUCAGACCCAGACCCACUUCUCUCAGUCCCAGUCUGAGAUGAUCCGGGUUCAGCCACCUCAUCCUGCUCCAGGGACUUCCUUCCCCCAUCCUCACCUCCAUGCUCACCCACUUCAGCAGCCUUACCCCUCCCUCGGUGUCUCGGCCUCCCCGACUCUCCAAACUCAACCCCAAACUGAAUCCACGCAGCCGGAGUCUCCUCCCCCCUCUUCCCAGCACUUCCUCACCGCUCACCCUCCUCACCUUCCUCACCCUCAGUCCAUCCCAGGAGCGGUUCCUCUGCAGAAGCUGUCUCAGCUCUACCAGGACCCUCUCUAUCCUGGUUUUCCUCAGGAGGAGAAGGGAAACAUGGCCCCGGUUCCACCGCUCUCCUCCAGCAGGAAGGGGGACGACCUUCCUCGAGAUCUGAACAUUCUGAGGUUUUUCUUCAACCUGGGCGUGAAGGCGUUCUCCAUGCCUCUGUUACCGCCCUACUUCUACCUCCUCCCCCUCCAACAGGCCUACACUCUGCAGCCCAACCCUCCCUCCCGCUCUCCCUCACCCACCCCUGCCUUCCCUCCCUCCGGCGCCCCCUCUGUUCACCAGGAGUCGUACGCUCAUUAUCCCACAAACCCUGCGACACCGCCUCAGUACGGACACCAGGCACCGCUCGGUGACACUUCCUGUCCCAGCGAGCCCUCCUUUAACCAGACGGGGUUUUCCGUCACACAGGCUCCUCCCCACAGGAUGCCCUGCACCUCGUUGCCAUGGCAACAGCACCACAUGGCGGCCACGUCACCCACAAACUCCAGCUACGUGGCCGGUUAUCCUUCAUCGACUGUGCAAUACCAGGUUCCUCCUCCGCAGGGUUACCACCCAGGUCCGGGCACGGGUCACCCCCUGUACCCGCCCACCAUGUCCCCGUACCCGCCGUCCUCGCUGCCGUUCCAGCCGUCGUCCACGCCGGAGGACGUCCUCAUGAGUCGGGGAGUGAUGGAGCAGCUUCUCGCCAACAACAGGGACACGGUGUCUGGACAAGCCCCCGUUCCACUGGAUAGUCUGGCUGCUCCUGCUAAUGUGGCUAAUGCUAACAGCGGCAGAGCGAUGGUGGUUCCGAGUCUGUUGAGGAACGAGCAGGGAGAGAGUCUGACGAGAACCGUGCUGCUGGUCGACCCGCCGCUCAACAACAGACCAAUACUCGCUCUCGUCUCUGACGACCCCGUCUCCAUGACGACCAUGAAGCCCAGCGGCAGCCCUGCUGGCUCCCCGUCCCAUUUUGCCGUCGUCUCCACGGCGGCCGCCCCUGGCGACGUCUACCAUGUCCACCCGAAACACUAUGGCGCCAAAAGGAUGGGUCACGCGUUGCCCGGUGUCAUCUCGGAGUCGCUGUCAGUCGGCUGCAGCACGGAGGACACAUGGGAGGAGUCGGAGGGAUUCAAACCCUCAACCCUGAACAGGGGCAACAGGAGGUUCUUCAGAGGACCAAGAGGGAGGGGCGGGGCCUAUGAGGGAGGGAGGGGUGGACACAGGAGGAGAGGGGAGGGGUUUAACCAUGGGCAGUUUGGCUCCUCCUACAGGGGGCGGGGAUAUUAA